AAAAGAGUGGUACCCACUCACGGGUUGCCACGUAUGAAGGGAACAUCGAACAGGAAGUUUCUCGACGAGACGUAACGUAGCUUCUCGUUGUUUCCUCUCUUCUUCGUUUCCUUUUCACUUUGCCUUCGUUUGCCAUUUCUUUUCUCUGUCUCUCUCUCUUAUCUGUUUCCUCAUCCCAUAAAAGGCGAACCUUCUAGAAUUAAUCACCAGAUCCUCUCCACCUCUUGCUCCCAAAGUAACAAAAAAUAUAUCUUCAUUGAUUUCAAAAUCCUUCAAUAAGGAAGAUAUUUGUGCCGUUGAUGGCUCCGCCGCCAGUGGAGCAAAACGGAGAGGCGACGGCGGCGGCGGCGGGAGAAUCGCAGAGGUCUGUUCCCACUCCGUUUUUGACAAAAACUUAUCAGUUGGUAGAUGAUCGCACAAUUGACGACGUGAUUUCGUGGAACGACGACGGAUCUACUUUUAUCGUUUGGAACCCCACGGUUUUCGCUCGUGAUUUGCUUCCUAAAUAUUUCAAGCAUAACAAUUUCUCUAGUUUCGUUCGUCAACUUAAUACUUAUGGAUUUAGAAAAGUGGUUCCUGAUCGAUGGGAAUUCUCGAACGAUUGUUUCCGACGCGGUGAAAAGCGGCUUUUAUGCGAAAUCCAGCGUCGGAAGAUCAUGACGCCAACUACGGCGGCUAUUACGGUGUCUACGAUGACAGGGAUUCCAAUAGCAAAACCGAUCAUAUCUCCAUCGAAUUCCGGAGACGAGCAAUCUCCGGUCAUUUCAUCGACAUCAUCGCCUUCGAGACCGGGCCAAACGGGAUCAGUUACGGCUGAGCUCAUGGAAGAAAACGAGAAAUUGAGGAAAGAGAACGUGCAGCUUAACAAACAAUUAGUGGAGAUGAAGAGCUUGUGCAAUAACAUAUUCAAUUUGAUGUCUAAUUACGCGAGUUCUCAAUCGGGGAGCAGCUUUGUGGCGACGAAACCGUUGGACUUGUUGCCAGUGAAGCGAUUAUCCGAAGAAGGAGAAGAGGAAGAGACGAGUCCGAGAUUGUUCGGUGUGCCGAUUGGAGGCGUGAAGCGCGCGAGGGAAGAAGGGGAAGGUUUGGCGGCGGGGGACGAAACGCAAUUACAGCUGCAGCAGCCUGGUGGAACUGCGAGUGAGAUGAUCAAAUCGGAGCCGUUGGAUUGCCAGAACGCGGGGCGCGACGAUGAGCGUGGGAAUCAGGACACGCCAUGGCUUCGGCAGUUUCACCGAGCGAAUCAGAGGGUUUGUAACUGAUUCGGUUCGGUUUUAGGUAGUUUUAGGUUGGCCAAGGGGUGGUUGAUGGUGGAUCCGCGAAAGGUUGGAUCCGACCAGAAUGUUCCCGUGCGAAAGGAAACCCACGUGCCGAAGGGCGUCACGUGCUUGGUGAAACCUUCGAGAGGGACGGACCCCACUUUAAGAAUUUUCUCGGGACUUUUUUUUCUAUAUCUUUUUCUCUUUUGUUUUUUUCAAGGGAAAAAAAACAAGAAGAGGAAUUCUUAAAAGUCUAAACUCUUAUAGUAUAUCUUUUUAUGUUUAUAUAAUGAAAAUCUAAUCAUUUUCCACGGCUCUUAAGGAUGGAAUCUUCCACGAGAGUGAUGGAAAUUAUCAAAA